CCCCUGUGCCACUGCUGUGUCACCGCGCCGGCUCUGACGGCGAGGAUUUCCCCGGCACCGGGUGAAUUCCCCGCAGCGAGAGCGCGCCCAUCCCCGCCCCGCCGGCGCAGCAGGCGGUAAAGCCCCGAGACCCCGCGCCGGAGCCGGGCUAGGGGGGCGGGCAGCCUGGGGACCCCGGGUGACAAAUCCUGCUGCUGUGACCUUUUGCCGAACAAGUUCCCCUGCGAAAAGCACCUCGCUGUGACCUCAAUGCGGGCUGCGUCGCGCGCUUCGCCGGCACGGCACUUUUCCUGCCAUCGCCGUCCUGUGGCCUCCGUCCUGCCGCCGCCCAUCCUUCCCGACCGCUGGCCGCCCCCUGUCCCCCGAGCCGGCGCCACGGGACGCGAGGCGGCCAUGGCACUCUGUGCGCAGUCUCUGGAGAUACAGCCAGAACUUUUCGUUCACAUGGCAGCAGCAAACUCUUCUCCACCGGGUUCUUUGGAUCUAAACCAGCCUGGAUUUGCAAAGGAGAUCCUGGGAACUAAACUGGAGGUGAAAUACCUGUGCUCUGAUUGCAAGAACAUCCUGAGGCGGCCGUUCCAGGCACAGUGUGGCCAUCGCUACUGCUCCUACUGCCUGAAGAAAAUCAUCAGUGCUGGACCUCAAAAAUGUGCCAGCUGUAUCCAGGAAGGAAUAUAUGAAGAAGGAAUUUCUAUUUUGGAAACAAGCUCGGCUUUCCCAGACAACGCGGCGCGGCGCGAAGUGGAGAGUCUGCCUGCUGUCUGCAUCAACAGCGGCUGCAGCUGGAAGGGAACUAUCAAAGAGUACGAGGCUCACGAUGAAGUCUGCCCUGAAUUCCCGCUGACUUGCGAAGGCUGUGGGAAGAAGAUUCCCAGGGAGAAGUUUCGGGACCACGUGAAGACGUGUGGCAGAUCCAAAGUACCUUGCCGGUUCGAGGCCGUGGGCUGUGCUGAGGUGGUGGAAAAUGAAAAGCUCCUGGAACAUGAAAGGAAGUGUUUGGCAGAGCAUCUCUAUAUGCUGCUGAGCUCUGUGCUCAGCCUCAAGACUGGUGCUGGGGACCCGAAGCCCCUUCCUGUCCUUUCCUCGUCACAAAACAGCUCCCCACUGCUGGCAGCAAACUCACUGUGCUCGGAGUCGGAGCUCUCCCGCUCUUCGGAGCUCUCCCGGUCCCUGGAGCUCUUGGGAAGGUGUGAGGCCCUGGAGAGGAAAACAGUGACCUUUGAGAACAUUGUCUGUGUGCUCAACCGGGAGGUGGAGAGAGUGUCCCUGACAGCUGAAGCCUACAGCCGCCAGCACCAGCUGGACCAGGAGAAGAUUGAAACGCUGAGCAACAAGGUGCGGCAGCUGGAGAGGAGCAUUGGGCUCAAAGACCUGGCCAUGGCUGAGAUGGAGGAGAAGAUCCGCAGCAUGGAGGCUUCCACCUAUGAUGGAGUGUUCAUCUGGAAGAUAACAGAGUUUGCCCGGAAGCGUCAGGAGGCGAUAACAGGCCGCUCUCCUGCCAUCUUCUCUCCAGCUUUCUACACCAGCAAGUACGGCUACAAGAUGUGUCUGCGUGUGUACCUGAACGGGGACGGCACCGGCCGCGGGACCCACCUGUCCUUGUUCUUUGUGGUGAUGAAGGGGCCCAACGACGCGCUGCUGCGGUGGCCCUUCAACCAGAAGGUCACCCUGAUGCUUCUGGACCAGAAUAACCGGGAGCACAUCAUCGAUGCCUUCCGCCCUGACGUGACGUCCUCGUCCUUCCAGCGCCCUGUCACAGAGAUGAACAUUGCCAGUGGCUGCCCCCUCUUCUGCCCCGUCUCCGUCAUGGAAGCCAAGAACUCCUACGUGCGGGAUGAUGCCAUCUUUAUUAAAGCCAUCGUUGAUCUCACGGGCCUCUAGCCCUUCUGACCUCAGAGUAGUGAGUGUGGAGCCAGCACUGCCCAGGGCAUCUCCCACUUGUGCUGCACUGCAGGUGGGUUUCAGAGCGAGAGAAGGGGGCACAGAGAGGGGAAAAGCCCGUCCUGAAAAGGACCCUUUGCUCUGAGUGGAAACCAGGUGUCUGAUGGGAGCCAUCUUUCAUGAGGAGAGGGUUGGUGGACACUGGCAGGCUGUGGGAUAUGGAAGAUUCCCUGCAGGGACUUGGGUGUCUGAACUGCUGCUGUCUGGACUCCAGUGGAAACCAGUGCAGCUCUUGCUCUACCAGUCUAGCCAGCAUCCACAGCUCUCUGUAGUAAAAUGGUGGUUUGCCCUGACUGAGCUCCACCUCCUGUGGAUUUUGGCUCAGCUGUCUAGGAUUUCCUUCUGAGAUCUUCGUAUUUCUGGAAGUUGUGUGCUGUAGGGUGCCAUGGCUCUGCACUGCUGGUUGCUCCACGCCUUGGGAGGCAAGCAGGGUGUGUGACAGCUGCAGUGCCAGCUGGGCAAGAGGGACACAGACUGGUUUGAUACUGUUGAUGUGUUGGGAGGGUGCUGAGCCCCGCUGCAGGGCAGGGGAGCCCUGAGCCCAGCCCUCACUGGUGUGUGAUGGGUGGUGUGUGCCGCAGUGUGGAAUGGGGGUGCUGCUGCCCAGAAGGGACUGUGGGGCAGCACCAGUGAUGCCUGUAGGGAAGAAGUGAGUCUGCUGUGGAGACUGUCCCUCCUGUGGCAGGAGAGGAGGGUGACACGUAGCUCGGUGUGCACCCUGAGAGCCCCAGGCCCUGCCCACCUCUGCCCUGUGUGCCGAGCAGCACUGGACGGGAUGGAUGCUGUGCUGGCAGCUGUCUUUGCUCACAGGCAAAGGCACAGGCUCUGAACUGGCUUCACUCCCAUGUUGGCACAGCUUCACCAGCCUUCCCAGGGCUCCACGUCCAUCUGCGGCUGUGCUGUGGGCACUGCCAGCUCAGGCUGUGGGCUAUGUUCUGUCUGCCCAUGCAGUGGGCACUGCUGGCCAGCCCCUGCCCUCCCACGGGGCCUGCAGUCACCAGCAGCAGCUCUCCCUCACUGUUCCUCCCCACCCCGAGCUCAGGAGUCAUGGGCCAGCUGGUUCCAGGUGACAGCACCCUGGAGCUCUUCCUCCACUCAGCCCCAUGUUGAACCUGCAGCCACCUGGGGAGGAUCUGGGGGCUAGAGAAGUGUUCUGUCCCCUUUCUGUCACUGGGCUCGUUCCCUCUGGGCAGCACCUGUUCAGCAGCCAUGAGAAGGUCUCUCUCAGUGUUAGUGGGGAAGAGCUGGCUGCCACAUCCCUGCAUAGUGCCUGCUGCAGCUUAGCUGUGGCCAUGAGUAGCUCUGGAUGGGCCCUGGUGCCAGGUGGACUCAAAGCUUUGUUGCCUCCUUUGCCUGGGCUUCCCACUCCUCUGUCAGCAGCUGAAGCCAGGAGAUGCUUUGUUGGUGUCAGGAGCAGCUGUGAACACCCUGCAGUGAUGGCCGUGCCCUGGCUGCUCCCGUGCUGCCCUCGGGCAGUGGGGCUGGAGCGUGGCCACCCUCCUCCAUGGCUGCCAGGGACUGGCCCAGCACUGCCAGCAGCUCUUGCCCGGUGCCCAGCCCGGGCUGGGUGGCUGCAGAGCCUGCUAGGCCUGUGCUCUGCUCACACCUCGCUUUCGGCGCAGCCACCCCGCGGGGCCCAGAACACUGUAAGGCCCUGUCCUGGCAGGGAGCCCUGCAGCGUCUGGCUGGCCCCCACGCCUCCUGGCACUGCCCUGACCUGCCCCUGGCGCUGUUUGGAAUGUCCCUGCUGCUGCCCAGGAGCUCAGGGGUGCCCAAUGCCCUGCAGGCUGAGCUGGGCCCGGCCCAAGCUGAACCUCUUGCACCCACGGCUGCUGCGCUGGCCAGGAGCUCUCCAGGCAGGUGCUGGGGUGACCUGCGAGCCCCCUUUGGAAUUGCUGUGUGGAACUUCUUACACCCGUGUGUGCAGG